AUGUAUAUGCGACCAGAGACAGUCGUAUCCGAGUGGAGCGCAGUGGAGGAGUUUCUGGGCGAGCAUUCGCUCGGCCUGCUGACUACGGCGAUACCUCUCGCCGGACAGGCCACAUUGCAAGCCAGUCACCUGCCGUUUCUCUUCCUGCCUCCUGGCACACCUCCGCCCGUUGCCGAGUCGGUGGGGACCACGUCGAACAACAGCGUCGACGGCACGUGGAACAGCGGUCCCGACGACACGCUCGACCUGGGCCGGCUGCAGUGCCACCUGGCGCGCUCCAACCCGCAAGCCAAAGCCCUCCUCUCUCUCUCGGCUCCCGAAGAGGUGCUCGUCGUCUUCAGCUCGCCCCUGAACCACGCCGGGUACAUCUCGCCCCAGUGGUACACCACCACCAAACCCGCCACGGCCAAAACCGUGCCCACGUGGAACUACGCUGAACUCCAGGUCUACGGCCGCAUCCUCCCCACGGACUCUGCUACCCUCGCCCAGAUCACCCGCGCCCUCAGUGACACCCAUGAACGCAAGUACGCCGACCAAACCCAAAAGGCAGAGGUCUGGAGCGUCGACGAUGCACCUGAGAGCUAUGUCAGGCUGCUCCAACGCGCGAUUGUGGGCAUGCAGAUCAAGAUCACCAAGAUCGGCCUCAAGAUGAAGAUGUCCAGGGACAAGGGAGUGGGCGAUCGCGAGGGCGUGUUGGAGGGCUUGAGGGGUGUGGGUGGGGAAGCGGGCAGGGUCGCUGAUCUCGUCGAGAGGUUGGGGCCGAUGAAGAGGGCAGCGUCUUGA